CGUCAAAAAUAAAUCUCCGCUUCCCCUCAUCGACCCCUCGUUUGAACCCCUCUGCGACGCCCGGAUAUUCACCAAGUUGGAUCUACGGAACGCCUACCACCUCAUCCGUAUCCGAGAGGGGGUGAAUGGAAAACCGCUUUUAACACCCCUCUCGGACACUUCGAAUGCCAGAUGACAUACUCAUUUUCUCCUGCUCCCUUGAAGAACAUCACCGUCAUGUACGCCAAGUCCUCCAACGCCUCCUCGAAAACCGCCUGUAUGUUAAAUCUGAAAAAUGUGAAUUCCACCUCUCCUCCGUACACUUCCCUGGCUAUGUUAUCUCUAAAGGACAACUACAACCCGACCCUACCAACAUCCAAGCCGUUGUGAACUGGCCCACUCCCACCACCCGCAAAGUACUGCAACGUUUCCUUGGAUUCGCCAAUUUCUACCGUCGAUUCAUCCGUAAUUACAGCAAGGUCGCAAUUCCCCUCACUAGCCUCACAUCCACCAGCUCCCCCUUUCAGUGGACCCCGGCAGUAUCCCAAGCAUUUAGUCAACUCAAGACCUUGUUCACCAGUGCGCCCAUUUUUCGCCACCCUGACCCCUCCCUCCAAUUCGUGGUCGAGGUUGACGUCUCAGACACGGGGGCAGGGGCUGCCUCUCGCAGCGGGACCCCACGACCCAGAAACUUCACCCCUGUGCCUUUUUUUCCCGUCGUCUGUCUCCUGCCGAGAGGAACUACGACGUCGGCAACCGAGAGCUACUGGCCAUUGUAUGGGCCUUGGAAGAGUGGAGGCACUGGCUGAAGGGGACUGAACUACCGUUCAUCAUUUGGACAGACCACACGAAUCUCUCCUCCGCCAAAGGCCUUAACCCUCGACAAGCUUGCUGGGCUCUCUUCUUGAGCAGGUUUAAUUUCAGUCUCUCCUCCUGUCCUGGCUCCAAAAACAGCAAACCAGAUGCCCUGUCACGACUUUACUCACCCCCCUCCAGGCCUGAUGAACCGGAACCCAUCCUUCCUUCCUCGUGCUUCGUUGGAGCAGCCACUUGGCAGAUCGAACAGGUGGUUCAGGAGGCCCAAAUGACUCACCCGGAUCCCAAGACCGGGCCUCCAAACCGCCUGUUUGUACCCGAUUCCGCACGCUCUGACGUUCUUCAGUGGGCUCACAACUCCAAACUCACCUGUCAUCCUGGCAUCACCCGCACCAUACAGUUCAUCCAGCAGCAUUUCUGGUGGCCCAGCCUUAUUCAAGACACCCGGGAGUUCGUCCAAGCCUGCUCCGUCUGUGCCCAAGGGAAGUCUUCACACCUGCCCCCAGCUGGGCUGCUGUGUCCAUUGCCUAUCCCUAGCUUGGUCCCAGAUCGCUCUGGACUUUGUUACCGGUCUACCUCCUUCUGAAGAGGUCCUCAGUUCUCAUCCCUGGUAUGGAAUGAAUUCUGUAAAGCGGUGGGCGCAGCAGCCAGCUUGUCGUCAGGAUAUCAUCCGCAGACCAACGGGCAGACGGACCGGGCAAACCAGUCCCUUGAAUCUGCCGUCCGUUGUGUUGCCGCAGGCAACCCCUCCUCCUGGAGCUCAUUCCUCCCAUGGAUUGAAACAGAAGCAGGCAGUGGCAGUCCCCGCCGUCAAGGAUCAUCUCCGGAGAAUCCAGGCAGUGUGGAAAGAUGUCAGAGCGGCGUUGACCCGAUCCGCCGCACGCAAUAAACAGCUCGUGUACCGUCAUCGCUCCCCGACGCCCGAAUACAAGAUCAUCAAUCCCACUUCCGUCCAAUUGAAGCUUCCACAGUCUGUGAAAAUUAAUCCCACAUUGCACGUCUCUUUGCUGAAGCCUGUCUCCACCUGCGCCCUAAACCCGCUGGCCAAACCCCCUCCACCCCACAGGGUUAUUGAUGACCAUCCGGCCUUCACGAUGUUGCGCAUCCUUGACGUGAGGCCUAGGGGGAGGGGGUUCCAGUACCUUGUCGACUGGGAAGGGUACGGGCCGGAGGAGCGUUCUUGGAUUUCCCGGAAGCUCAUUCUCGAUCCUACUAUUUUGGACGACUUCUACGCGGCUCACCCGGGAAAGCCUGGCAGGACGCCGGGAGGCGUCCGUUGAAGGGGAGGUACUGUCAUAUACUGCCCUGCAGUUCCAUUAUUGGA